UGGUGUACCGUGUGCCCGUGUUGCUGGAGCAAACUGAAUGAUCUGAUGACACCAGAUGGACACACGUGCUGACAGUGAACUGAAUGACCUAAUUUAACUGAAAAGAAAAGGACAUCACCUGUCAUACACUAUUACAAUGACGACCUCCAAAAGUCAAAGUGAAGAGUUUCCGUAUCACUUAGUGAUAGAUUUUAUGACAAAACCAGUGCAGGAACAGCUGAAGCGAGGAGAUGUUUCUACCGAGACCCUCAGGGAAAGCCUGGCGAGUCUAGACACAGUGCUGCAAAUGUUGUCUGCCUCAGAUGCUGAAAGCUAUGAACAGAAAGCUACUGAUUCUCAGUGGGAAGAAAUGCUUCUUCAUGUCUUCAAAGACAUUUGUUUUCCCAUACUUUUCUCCCUGCAUGUCUUCCCAGAUCAGACAGAACCAAGUUCGGAAAAAAGCAAAGCUUUCAGUGUCAUCAGCAGAUUGAUGAUGAAAUGUACUCAUCAUUUCCGUGGUCCAACACUGGGAACUGCCGUUACUCAGAUGUUUAUACCAGCAGCAACUGCACUUGAAAUAGAUGAGAAAGUUCUGGUGGACAAGAAAGAUGCGAGUUAUUUUACUGCUGUCAAAGAACCCGUCACUUUGUUCUUCUGUUUAGAGCUAGUUAGUUCUGUUGUGAGUUCACAGGAAGUCUUCUCGAGAUACUUAGAGAAUGUAGAAGAUAAAACAAACACAUCAAAAGAUACAGUGUUGACUGCUCUAUUUAACACUGUGUUUAAAGCAAGCCACAGUGAGACUGCAUUUUGCAAAGCCUUCAUCUUGUUGAGCAAGCUUCUCACCUUUUUUCCUGAGACUUUACAAAAACAGCACGUCAAUAUGUUGUGGGAAGCAUAUUGCCAACCUCUGGAACAACUUGCUUUUGGCUCGUCUCAUAAAGAAGCCUUAUGGAAGUCUCUCUAUGUUUUCUACUGUUUGAGGGACUAUCUUUUCCCCCUUGGCAAGAAGAAUUCUGGUGCAUUAUCUGAAAGAAUGAGCAAUCAUUUUUGGCUCAUUGUGCAGUCUGGACUGCUUAGUAUGGAGCCAGCUGACAGGAAGCUAGCCAUGUACCUAUUCAAAAGGCUUGUGGACACGUGCAGGGAGAACGGCUGUGAUGUCAACGUGGCCAAUACAGAACAAACAAAGGAACAGUCUGAACCAUCACUGAAACAGAAAGAAGAGCCUAUAUUUUGGUGGUCCCCAAAAUCAGCAAAAGCCUUGGGUGCAGUUUGGGAAGACUUCACUCUGCUUAUUGAAACUUUGGAGGAAAAACAGGUUCACAUUAUCAAACCUCUGCUUCCUAAGAUGCAGAAGCUUAUUUCAGCAAGUUCCUGUCAAUCUGCUAGUGGUCUGAAAGUAUUUCACUCUUCCUGGUUGGUGACUGUGGUGAGCCGUUGUUUUCAGCAUGAGAGUCACUACAUGUCUCGUUGGGGAGCUCAGGCUCUGCUUACCCUGGACUUCCAGCAAGUACCCUUGAUUGCUCAUGGGCAACUGAAGUUUUUAAGUCAUGACUUGUUGGUCUACCUUCAAGAAAACAAGCUUUACACCAGGUAUGAAAGUACCGAACUGGGGAAAAGUUCACCCGUUGGAGAGGCUCUGAGGGGAUUCUUUGAUCACCUUUUCAAAACUCUGGACAAGACUCAGAAAGUUGAAUACUUGACCAACGUGCUACAGAUUGUGUGUGACAACAGCUGGGGCUCUAUACCUUUGGUGUUUCUGUUUGAAGGGCUAAGUCACAUCUCUCAGGGACCAGUCAUCAACUCAGGUCACUUGAAACUGAUCAGGAACGUUCUACAAGCUUGCUUGACCACACUGGAGACUAUGACACGUGGAGCGAUUCAGUGCUUUAUAUGCCAGAUGGUCAUGAACUUGUUGGAUGUGAACAGUACAUCACUUUGGGAGGUUUUUGAUACAUUUGCCUCUGUGAACCGUGAAGAAAGUUUGCAGAGGGGAACAUCCUUGUGGGAUAGUUUGGUGCGAUGGCUCCAGACUGAUGAAAUGCUUGUGUUUGUGAAGAAAGAGGACAUUGUGUCAUGGAUAUUGGACUUUUUGCAAGGCAGUGGUGAAGAAAAAGACAACAAUGUUGUCUUUGAAGGGUACAAAGUCAUCAGCAUUGCUCGAAUGUUGAUUCUGACAGCUGUUGUAACAGAGGAGAAGUCACAAUCAGAGAACUCAUCGGAGGAGCUCUCACCGGCUAAGGCAGUGGAAAGCUCACCCUUGGCACGUGUACUGGCUAAGAUCUCUGAAUCCAUUUCGGGUGUGAGGAACCGGCCAUACAUCAGUGCGGGUCUGGUGGGCCGCUGUCUCGCCCUCCUACACAGUCUCAGCAAGGAGGCUGGAGAUUCAGGAGAUGGGGAAGUAGACAAAAUGCUCAGCAAGAGUUUGGGAAGCUGUUUCACAGACACUGUACACUACACUCAGCACAGGCUGCAGACCCACCUGACUCAGGCUGGAGACUUGGAUGAGAUCAAGUUUUACACGGACGUGCUCCUGUCCCUGGGCCUUCACUGCCGGGAUGUGCUGCCAUCGUUGCGUGAGUUGGUCACUUUUGUGAACAAUGUGCUCCACUCAGCUGCGUCAGGGGCAGACAGCCCACAGGAUCUGGCAAAGUUGGAUGUGCUGAGUUGUAGUGCUGUGCGUCUUCUAUCCACUGUCUUCAAGAUCAUCUCUCGGAGUAAAGUUCUUCAGAGUGAGAGAAGUGCAGUUAUAUCUGAGAUAGUGGCGCAAGUUUCCAUGCCGUUGUCAGAUCUGCCGUUACCUUUUAGCCGGAAAGGUGUGAGGUGAGAGACAACGGAUAUCAA